GUUGAUUGUUACAAACAGGGUGCAACGAUAAGAUGCGACGUGAUACCGCUACCGAGGGUGCGGGUCAUUAUGUGCGGAGAUGUGCUGCCUUCAAAAGGUUCAGAAUCCGCCCCGCUUGAGUGUACUCCACUAGUGGCUUCCACCGGCUAAGCACAUAUUGCAAAAUGAAUGCGACAGAGAAAAAAUCAGAUGAGUUCGUUGGGGAGAAGAUGCUGACAGAAGAUGGUCGAAAAAUAGUCGAUGAAGGCGAAGUGAUGGGGGUGAAUGCCAACAUUGCGACGAUAAUGGCAAAGCACAAACCAAAUCCAUGGGGAAAGGGACAUCUGAAAUUAUAUCUCUUAGCAUGUGUCUGCUUUCUCAACUCUACUAUGAGUGGAUAUGACGGGUCUUUGAUGGGUAGCAUAAAUGUCCUCCCCAACUAUACCUCCUAUUUUGGACUCCCCAACAAGGGCACACCAUCAACCGGAAUAGUAUUCUCUAUUUUCCAGAUUGGGCAGAUGUGCGCUGCACUGUUCGUCUGGAUCGCGGAUUGGCGGGGUCGCAAGCAACUGAUAUUCAUCGGGACCAUUGGAGUCAUUGUUGGCACCAUCGUAACGUCCACUGCUACAACAUUACCUACAUUCAUUGGUGGUAGAUUUUUGCUCAGUUUCUUUGCUACUCUGGCAUGCUCAGCGAGUCCACUGUACUUGGUCGAGGUAGCACCGCCACUGUACAGAGGUACGUUGGCUGGAAUGUAUAACACAUUCUACUACAUGGGAUCAAUACUCGCCACUUCAGCGGUCUACGGCACCCAUAAGCAUCUCUCACAUAAGGGCGAUAUUGAUUGGCGACUCCCACUGUGGCUCCAGUGUGUUUGUCCUGCUCUAGUGAGCAUAGUAAUUCUUUGGUUCCCGGAAUCACCGCGCUGGCUUAUCGGUAUGGAUCGUCAAGAAGAAGCAAGAGCUUUUCUCGUGAAAUAUCAUGCCAAUGGGGAUCCGGACCAUCCCUUGGUUGCACUCGAGAUGGCCGAAAUGAUCGAGUCACUUCAAAAGGAGCCAGUGACUGGCUGGAGAAACUUCUUUGAUCUUAGCGUUAUGGUGAAAACUCGAUCCAGACGAUACCGAACCAUGCUCAAUAUGACAUUUGCAUGGUUUGGGCAAUUCUCUGGUAAUAAUGUCGUAUCAUACUAUCUUCCUUACCUAUUAGCCAACGUUGGCAUCGCCUCUGCUGAUACCAAGCUCCUUCUCAACAUCAUCUAUGCCAUUGUGGGAUACAUCUUCGCGUCUGCCGGUGCACGCAUGCAUGACGUGAUCGGCCGAAGGAAGAUGCUUCUAGGAGCAACGGCUGGCAUGAUAGUAUGUCUAUCGAUAACUGCCGGAACCGCAGCUGGCUAUGUGAACACUGGCAGUGUGACGUCUUCGAAUGCAUCCAUUGCCUUCAUCUUCAUAUUCGGUGCCAUCUUCGCUUUUGCAUAUACCAGUAUGCAGCCGAUCUACCCUGCCGAGGUCAUGUCAAACGACAUGCGUGCGAAGGGCAUGGGUACUUAUAAGAUCACUGGUGGCUGCGCUGGGUUCAUUAACACAUUUGCUGCGCCGAUUGCUCUCACAAACAUCGGAUAUUGGUUCUACGUCUUCUUUGUCUUUUGGGACUGCUUCGAGUUUGCGUUCAUGUACUUUUUCUUUGUCGAGACGAAGGGUUUGACGCUGGAAGAGAUGGAUGAUAUCUUUGAAGCUAAGAAUCCCCGAAAGGCUAGCACAAAUGUC